UCCAAUAAAUAAGUACAAGAAUUCGCAAGGAGUUGAGCAUUUAAAGAUAGAUACGAAUAAUCAAAAACAAGUAAACAACAAAACCCUUAAAACAAGAGAGGCCAAUAAACAAGCAAAUCAAACAAACAAACAAAACGAGAUCAAUGCAAGAAAACAUUCCAGUAAAAUGAAUCGAGUAAAACUGCUGCCUCCUUGCUAUUCCUUCUUUGAAAUAGUAAUCUAUAUAAACAAAAAUUAACAUCAACACGGAAUAUAUGUAGAUAGACAAGAACAACAACAACAACAACUAAAAUAUAAAUAAUAACAGUUUCCUCCACUCUAAUUCCUAGUUGGCACUGUCAGCAUAUAUCACUAUCCAAACAGGAAGAAGAAGACACGGAGAAAUAUCAAAUCCCCACGCACACAAACAAAUAAAACUAAAUGAAAGCAAUAAACACCAGACAAGAUAACCGGAAAAAAGGAGCAAUAGAUUUGACAACAGAGAAGACCUUCCUCCUCCGCUCCAGUUCCUGCCUGGCGCCGCAGCUGCCACGCAACCUCGGUCGUCGUCGUCGCGGCGGCUCCCUAUUUCCACCUAUUUCCACCUAUUUCCCUUCCUCUCUUGCUCGCGUGGCCAUGGAACCCACUCAGGAGGAAGCCAAGAGAGAGGUAGAAUCUACGGAGGAGGAGAAAAUAGAAGGACAAGAGGCAGCAGAAACAAUGGCUGGAGAAGAGAAACAGCGGGAGACUGAAGUCAAAGGGGAAGAGCCAAAGGAACCGACAGCUGAUAAGCCAAAGGCAGAAGCACCUACCACAGAAGAACCCGCCAAAGAGGAAGCAGCCGAGGAGACCCCAGAGAAGGUUCAGGCCGAGGAACCGGUGCCUGCAAAGGCCGAACAGCAGGAAGCAGAGGAGGAGGAGGAGGGUCAAAAUGAUAAUGAAGAGGAAGAGGAGGAGGAAGAGGAGGUGGAGGAUGUAUUUGGGGCUCUUUCAACCUUCUCUGCAGAGAUGUUCGCAGCUCUGGGGUCGCCUGCAGAGCCCUUACCCCCAGAGGAGAGGCAGCCACGACCCCUGGCACUGAAUGGCCACGACCCCUUACACACCACCAGGCUGUUACAGGACCUGAUUACUUAUGACGAUGAGGAACCAGAUGUAACCUAUGGCCUGGGCCCCCUAGACAACCAUGGCCGAUUAGCUGCUGUCUCCCACCUGCUGGCAGCUUUGGUGACGACACUCGACCCGCAGCAUCUUAGGCGGCUUGCAACUAGGGUCAUGUCAGACUCCUGCUUGUGGGUCUCCAGAUUGUUCAGAUACUUUGACUCAACAGCCUAUAUCCACGAGGAUGUGCGUGAGGGUGUGGUGCGUGUAUGCCGCAUGCUGCUCCAUACACGUUACCCCAAAUAUGCAGCAGAUGGCUACGAGGCACUUUAUGCCAGACCCCCGGUUAUCUACACCAGCAGCACUGUCAGACCUGGGCUGCCCCAGCACAUUGCAGCCAUGCUUGGUUUGGGGUCUGGCUGUGUGCGAGUUGUUCCCUGCAAUACAGUUGUGGGGUCACCAGUUGCCAUGGACACAGCAGCACUUGAUCGCAUGAUGGCGGAAGAUUUGGCAGCACAAAAGAAACCUCUGCUUGUCAUUGCAAAUGUUGGUGGUGGAGCUGUAGGGGGUGUAGACAACGUCGGCCGCAUCCAAGAACUCUGCAACACACAUGAGGCUUGGCUGCAUGUAGAAGGGCAUGCUCUGGCAGCACUUACACUGCCCAAUGCACCCAAUUUGCCUGCAAAAGUAGCUGACAGCAUGACCUUGCCUCUGUCCCUGUGGCUUGGGAUUCCUUCACUCCCAUAUGUUACCCUAUACAAAGCGUAUGAGACCUCGGCAGUUCAUGCAGCGGGUUUGACGGCACUCAGUCUGCACGUGCGAUUGUCAUGCCUUCCUCUCUGGACCACAUUACAGACCUUAGGCCAGACUGGAGUGAUAUCGCGGUUCCAGCACGCCUUUGAGCUUAGCCAGUAUCUGCAGCAGCAUCUCUCCACUUUACCUCGGAUUCGCCUCUUUAGUCCAGUUCCCCCCGAGGGCACGGCAAUCACCAUUCAGGAUCUAGUCACCAAGCCUAUCAGCACUGCACAACUCCUAGAAACUGUGAGUGGGUCAGUUGUGUUCCAGUACGUUGAUGAGACCAACACAGGUGGCAAGAACUCUGAGUAUUAUGACAAUUUGAAUUCAUGGCUGGGGCAGGUUGUCCGACGUGAUCUAGGCAGUAUCCCCCUUGAGCUGGUGCAGCUGGAUACGGCUGGCCUUGUCCUGCGCUGGAGCCCCAUGGAAGGGCCUGAGACCUAUCACAUCACUCUUGCACAUGUUGAUCACCUCAUUCACUCCCUUCACCAUCAGCUAGACAUCCUCAAUGCCACUGUCAAGCAGCGCAAGGCCUUCACGGAGCUAGUGUCAUCUGCAAGUAACCUGCAGCUGGCUGAGAUCCCUGGCUGGGCUGGCCUAGGGGGUGUGCGCUACAUCCCAGACAUCUGGCUGGCACAGGAGGUGCUAGCAGACACAGCAAAGGAGGACAUCAAUGCACUCAAUGUCCAUCUAGUCUCCCAGCUCAAGGCCACCGAUUCGGCAUUCUCUCUUGGUGAAGCUGCAGAUGGAGUCAAUUGUGUACGGUUCGGAAUGGUUACGGCAGAGACGGACAUCUCUGAGCUUCUAUCCCUUGUGAUCUCAACGGGUAGGGAGAUCGAAACGUCCUCCAAGUUCUUGGAUCAGAUGACAGACAUCGUGAGAAAAGGUAUUGAGGCAGCGACAGAAGACCUGAAGCGUGAAAAUGAUGAACGGCUAUGGCAGGAAGGUAUCCUCCGCCAUGUGCCCAUAGUCGGUUCGGUUUACAAUUGGUUCUCACCACCACCGCCACCAGGGAUCAAGGGACGCACGCUAGACCUGACUGCGGGAGUCCUAGAGAGUACAGAGAAUAUUUACCGAUAUCACAUGCAGAUUCGUCAUGGCACGGCGCCAACGCGCUCGGAGACAAAGCUUCCCCCAGCGCCAUCUGUACAGACCCCUGUGACGCCAUCAGCCUCUUCCCCUUCACACUCACGGUCAAGCUCCACCACCUCCGCCUUGGCCCCUGGCUCCACCCACUCACGGCAGGCAUCUGAUCAGCCCACCGUCACGCCAGACUCGAAGACAGAGCACGGCGUGGCACCAGUUGCGGCGAAUGGCAUUAUGCCAUCAGCAUAGAGUUAGCUUUAAAGCCUGAAGUAGACUUGUAGUAUUUAAUUAUUGCUAAUUAUAUGAUUAAUAACAAGAUUAUUCGUGGUCAUCCUUGACCAUUUCAUCAUUAAAGGCAUUUACGUUUUCUUUUCUAUGAAACUUGGGAGAACAGUUACAUUUUUUUUUCUUUUUCUUUUUUUUUCUUGUGUGCGUAUGUGAACCACUCAGUGCCGAUCUUGUGUGCUGUUGGUUGCGAGCUCGUCUUUCAAUGCCCCAAGCAGAGUCUGUGGCCAUCAGGUUCUUGAAUCAUUGCUGGCUCAGUGAUUUGUGAUUUAUGGAAGGUUUUCACUUUCCAUUAUUUGUAACUGAGGGGCAUUAUACUUCCUCUUCGACCUGAUUAGUUUACUUUUUAGGAAUUAGGUAGCGGAAGAUUUCAGAGAAGAAAUAUCCAACAAUAUUAUUACUGCGUAUUCUUACUCUCUUGAUUUCAAACUCUAUAUACAUAAAGUUUGUACAAAUGAUGUAAAAGAUUUGAGGGCACUACUUGGUAAAAAAGAAAAAAAGAAAAGAAAAAGAAAUUGGUGCUAUAGCCUUUUGUACCGUAUCUGUUAUUGUUAUAUUGGGCCAGGCAGAUUUAGCGUGGUGAUGCCUGGGGGAGGGGGAGGGGGUGUGG